AUGGAUGAGAACGAGAAAAAAGCGAGAGAACUAAUUGCAGAGGCACAGAAAAAGAAUAAAAAAGGAUUCUUUUCUUUUGGUUCAGGUUCAGACAAGACAGAUGAAAUGAUAUCACUGUAUGAAAAGGCAGGAAAUUGUUUUAAAAUGGCCCACAAUUGGACAGAGGCCGGUAACGCAUUUCUGGAAGCUGCAAGUCUUAGUUUGAGCCAAAAAUCAAAGCACGAUGCAGCUACUCACUAUGUGAACGCAUCACUGGUUUUUAAAAAGGAUGAUUCCAAAAAGUCUAUUCAAUGUCUCACCAAGGCAAUUGAAAUAUAUACCGAGAUGGGUCGGUUUACUAUAGCUGCAAAACAUCACAUGACCAUAGCUGAGAUUUAUGAAAAGGAUUUAGUCGAUAUAGAACAGGCGAUUCGUCACUACGAACAGGCAGCUGAUUAUUACAAGGGUGAAGAAUCUAGUAGUUCAGCAAUGAAAUGUCAACUUGCUGUAGCUCAACUUGCGUCUCAAUUGGGACAAUACGAUAAGGCUGCCAACUUGUUUGAAGAGGCUGGUAAAGCAUCAAUGGAAAAUAAUUUAUUGAAAUACGGUGCUAAAGGACAUCUUUUCAAAGCUGCUAUUUGUCAUUUCUGUGUAGAUUUAAUCAAUGGCCAAAAAGCUCUUAAAACCUAUGAAGAAUGUUAUCCUAUGUUUGCUGACUCCAGAGAGUGUGGCUUAAUGAAGAAAUUAUCGGAAGCGUUAGAACAAGAAAAUGUAGAAGCAUUCACGGCAGCGGUUCAAGAAUAUGACAAUAUAACUCGACUUGAACCAUGGAUUACAUCACUUCUCCUUAAACUUAAGAAAACAAUAACUGAAGAAGAAGAUAUCACUUAG